CUUCGUAAUGCGCAAAAUCCAGUCUCUGCUCCAACGCGGGGAUUUCACCUGAUAUUUCUUCCCCUUUUAUCUUCCUCUCCAUCUCUCAAUUUCUUCCGUCCAAUUCUUCAUUUGGUUCGGUUUUCGGUUCACACCGUCCGUCCCUUUUCCCUCUCUCGGAGAUUUCUUUGUGACCCAAAGGAUUUGAUGUGCAAAACUUGAAGGAACUACAAUGGCGGCAACUCAAUCGGCUCCUCCUCCAUCAGAUGACAAUAACUCCCAGAAUUCAGCUCCAGCUCCUGCACGAGCUACGGUCGAGGAUCGUGGAGAUGAGAUGGCGGAGGUUGAGAAGCAAACCUCCUCGCCAUCUGUGUUUGUGAACUCUGAACCAAUGAGAGAGGAUCAGGUGCAAAAUGCUGUGAAGUUUCUUCAACACCCAAGAGUAAGAGGCUCUCCUGUUGUUUACAGACGAUCGUUUUUAGAAAGAAAAGGUCUGACGAAGGAGGAGAUUGAUGAAGCCUUCAGGCGUGCGCCUGACCCGCCCUCUAAUGCACAGACAGCUACUGUGAGUCAAGAUGGAAAGGUGAGCACAGUUCAGCCACAGCCCUCUAUGCAAUCUCUUCAACCAGUUGCCAGUGUCGCUCCGCCUGCUGCUGGUGGAUCUAGUGGGGGUAUCAUCACACGGUCUAGAUUCCACUGGUCUCAUGCCCUUCUCGCUGUAGGAGUACUGGCUGUUUCGGGGGCUGGAACAGCUAUAGUAAUUAAGAAAUCUAUUAUUCCUAGGUUGAAAUCUUGGGUGUGCAAAGUUGUGAAGGAAGAUGAUGAUGCUGAGAAGAAAAUUGAUUCAAAACCAAGUGCAGCUGAGGAAGCAGCUGCUGCAGCCAAAGCAGCAGCAGCAGCAGCAUCUGAUGUGGCAAAGGCGAGUCAAGAGAUGCUGUAUGCAAAAAAUGAAGAGAAAAAGAAGUUUGAGAACUGUGUCAACUUGUUGGAUGCUCAGCUUGGGCAGAUGAAGUUGAUGCUGAAUGCCAUUCAGAAAUUGGAAGCAACCACGUAUGGAAGAACUGCUACUGUUGAUCAAGAAGACUACCGAAUUGCUGCCAUGAGUUCAAAGCAGCCAUAUUCCAAUGGCAAGGUGGACUAUAGCUUGCCGUCAGCUACACCUUCCUUGUCUGCCACACCUUUUGAACCCUCAGUUGCACCGUAUCCCAAGUCUUACAUGGAGACCAUGGCCAACGUCCGGAGUGGAGAAAAACCAUCUAAUUUUAGACCUUGGGAGGUUGGUACGCAAAACAAUUCUGCCUUUUUCUCCCAGACUCAAGAAGAUGAAGGUUUGAAUUACAUGGUGCGAAACAAUGGCGUUACCUAUCAGAAUGGUAACGCUUCAGUGCCUUGGUGGGAGAAGAGAAAUGUUAAUAUUACAGAGAGCGACAAUAAUGAGUUGAAGACAGGCUCUUCCAGUGUAUUCACUGCUGAGAAACCAGUUCAACGUACAUGGGUUCCUCCUCAGCCUCCACCUGUUGCAUUGCCAGAAGCAGCUGAAGCCAUCCGACGUCCAAAACCAACUAUCCAGAAAGAGCAGUUGACCGACGAGCAGUUAGCAACCCAACCAAAUGUAACUGAUGAGUUGCAAAAAGCCACCAAAGUUUCUGAAACUGGAGGAGCGAUCGAUUCUGAGAACUUGGGAGUGAGCUCAAGUGAGAUACAAGUGGAAGAAUACGGUUCUGGGGGACAAUGAUCACGCAUGAACUGCAGGUAUAGUUUUAUGAACUUUUUCCUUCUAAAUUCAUAGAAAUAGAUGAAAGAAUGCUAUAUAUCAUUUCCUAAAAAUGUACUUAUACUUUGUUGCUUGGUCAAAAUAAUAUCCUGUCGUGUUUUCCAUUUAUAGAAUAAAGUUACUACACAAUGUACUUGAUUGUACACUGAA